AUGACGGAGGCGGACACGAUCCGCAUCUUGAUCGCGACGGAUAACCAUGUGGGCUACGAAGAGAGAGACCCCAUCCGUAAGGACGAUAGUUGGCAGACGUUUGACGAAGUCAUGAAUAUUGCCCGCACACAAGAUGACCCAGACAUCAAUGUCGCCAUCCCUGUUUUCUCCAUUCAUGGAAAUCACGACGAUCCAUCGGGCGAUGGAAACUUUUGUUCCCUGGAUUUGCUUCAGGCCAGCGGGCUGCUCAACUACUUUGGCCGGAUUGCCGAAGCUGAUAACAUCCAAGCCAAGCCGAUACUCCUACAAAAGGGCGUUACCAAGCUAGCCCUGUUCGGUCUGAGCAACGUCCGGGACGAGCGCAUGUUUCGCACAUUUCGCGACCACAAGGUCAAAUGGUUUCGACCAGGAUCGCAGACAGGCGAAUGGUUUAACCUCUUGACAGUGCACCAGAACCACCAUGCGCAUACGGCGACAUCAUACCUCCCCGAGAAUGUGCUGCCGGAUUGGAUGGAUUUGGUGGUAUGGGGUCACGAGCACGAGUGCCUGAUCGAUCCCACACGGAACCCAGAAACAGGGUUUCACGUCAUACAGCCCGGUUCGUCGGUAGCUACCUCACUAAUACCCGGCGAGGCUGUCCGCAAGCAUGUCGCCAUAGCAAGCAUAACGGGCAAGGACUUCAAGAUUGAAAAGAUUCCUCUUAGAAGUGUGCGCCCAUUCGUCGCACGAGAGCUGGUCCUGGCACAAGAAAAGCGAUUCAAGGGCUUGGAAAAAAAGAAGGAUAACCGGCAGGAAGUCACACGGCGGUUAAUGGAAGUUGUCGACGAGAUGAUUGAAGAGGCAAAUGCCGACUGGGAGGCGAUCCAGACGGAUGAGGAGGCGCUCGAGGAUCGCCCGCUGCCGCUCAUUCGCCUGAAAGUCGAGUAUACAGCACCAGAGGGUGGCCAGUUUGAGUGUGAAAAUCCGCAACGAUUUUCCAACAGAUUCGUCGGCAAGGUGGCCAACAUCAACGAUGUUGUGUACUUUUACCGCAAGAAAACGGCACAGCAGGUGCUGAAUAUUGCCGAAGGGGACAUAGUCAAGGUCGAAUCGAUCGUAUCGGAUUUCUUGUCGGCUCAAUCACUCAAGGUACUUCCGCAGGGGCCAUUUGGUGACGCUGUCAAUCAGUUCGUGUCCAAGGAUGACAAACAUGCCAUGGAGCUUUUUGUAUCGGAACAUCUCACCGGCCAGGUCCAGCAGCUUCUGAAUCUUGAGUCAGACGAUGAAGACCUCAACAGUGCAAUGGACCUUUACAGGACAAGGAUUGAGCAGCAGAUGGCAAGUGGAGCGGGCUCUAGAAGCAUGCCAGAACGAAAACGGAUUCUUAAACCUAAGCCCUCAACUUGGGAUAGCGACUUUGACGGCAACUGGGAAGAUGAGCCUGACGCAUGGACAUAUGAGGACAUAGCUGCACCCAGCUUUGCACCUUCAACAGGGAGAGCCUCUCGCACAGCCAGGCAGAGCAAGGACGUGAACGAGGACGAGGACGAGGACCCGCUUCCGAAGACCACUAAGCGUACCAGCACACGCACAGAAGCAGCAGCCAAGGGCGCUCCGGUAAAGAAGGCUGCAACCGCCAAGAAGACUUCUGCAUCCACACGUGGUGGUAGCCGCUCCUGCAAGGCUAAGGAGCCCAGCGAGGUUGAGGAAGAAGACAUUGUCAUGGCGUCCGACGACGAGCCACCUGCGCCGGUAAAGAAGACGACAGCCAGGCAGCCGGCUACGAGGGCAGCGCCAGCAAGAGCUAUGAGGACGAGGCAAACGACUCUUGACUUCAGUGAGUCCCAGCAGACGGGACGACGCGGAGCCGCAUCGCAAAAGGCUGCUGAACUAAGUGAUGAUGAGAUUUCGGAUGAAGACGAUGCAUUCGAUCCGCCGCCUUCCACUGUCACUCGUCGGUCAACGAGGCGGUAG